GCUUAAAUAAAAGAGGUGUGAGAGUGAACCUGUUAGAUUGAGAGAGAGAGAUUGUGCAAACCAAAGAAGAGGGAAAGAAGAAGAGGGACAGACACUUGACUUUGGAGAUUCCGUUGUGCAUUUUUAUACAGUGAUUCCCCUACGUCUGUGAAGAGCUAAGACUUAUGUUAUUGGUGGAGAAGAAAUGGACCCACAGAUCUGAUUGGUCUGCACAGCUAAUAAAAGAUGGAUCUCCCUCAAGAGGGUGAGGAUGCUGUCAGUGGAAAUCAGACGGCCAGAGCAGCAUGUGCCGUGUCCAGCCACGAGUCCCUGAAGGAUGAGGAGUCCGUUACUGAUGGACAUCAGGGGGUCAGCAAAGGACAAGUGCUACACAGUGCUGGGUUGGAUGAUGUAAAGCAGCUAGCUGGGCAAGAUGAACAAACAAACAAGAUGAUGCCUGUGGAAAACCAGCCAUUUUCCCCAGGUCUGGCUGGUGGGAGUGGAGAUAUCAACAUGAAUGUUGCCGCUCACUCUGGAGGGAUGGUGAACGCCCCGGCCUUUACUGGUUGUACCAUCAUUGGCAACAUCACGGUUGCACCAGGGGCCAUGCCACAGCAACGGACUGAGCAUGUUGCUGAACAUACAGUCCAACCACAAAAAAUGACAACACAGAUUGAAGUAGAAAAGAAGAGAGAGACAAACAGACAACUCAAGCAACACCUUCAGUCCAUCUUAAAAAAGAGGUGUUUCCUUGUACGUCAAGAGCUAGGCGAUGAAAAACUGCAGGACAUCUACACUGAUCUUUGCGUUGUAGAAGGACGCUCUGGAGAGGUCAACAGUGCACAUGAAGUGUCAACAAUUCACUUGAAACAGAUUGAGACAAGGACAUUCGCUGGGACCAAGAACAAAGUCAAGUUGUCAAACAUAUUCUCUGACCAUUUUUAUGCAGAUGAACCUGUCACAAAGGUCUUGACUAUGGGAAUAGCCGGAGUGGGGAAAAGUGUUGCUGUGCAAAAGUUUGUCUUGGACUGGGCAGAAGACAUAGAGAAUAAAAAAAUAGAGUUGACUUUUGUUCUUCCAUUUCGAGAGCUGAACUUGUACAAAGACGAGGUCCAUAGCCUCUUUGACCUUCUCGUUAAAUUUUACCCAGACCUUGAAGAUUUGACAGAAUCCACUGACUUAAAAGAGGCUACAGUUCUCUUUGUACUUGAUGGUUUAGAUGAAAGCAGACUCGAGCUAAACUUCAGCAAGCAUAUCUGUGAUCCAAAAGAAAAAGCAUCAGUUGCCAUGUUAACAACAAGUCUAAUAACUGGUAAACUGGUGCCUUCUGCACUCAUCUGGGUAACAACGAGACCAGCUGCAGCCAACAAGGACCUGUGUGACCUUUUCGACUUGGUUACAGAGAUCCAAGGUUUCAGUGAAAGCCACAGAGAGGAGUAUUUUAAGAAGGUCAUUCCAGAGAAAGCUGAACAAAUUAUAGCACAUGUGAAAUCAAAGAGAAGCCUCUACAUAAUGUGUCACAUCCCAGUGUUCUGUCGGAUCACAGCAGUGGUGCUUGGAGGAAAGGGAAAAGAGAAAAGAGUCUCUGACCAGGAAAUGCCCAAAACGUUGACUGAAAUGUAUGCACAAUUCAGUGUCUUUCAGAUCACCAGAAUGAAGAAAUACCAAGAGAUGAGCCCAGAGGAAAAAGGGGAGCUUCUUGUUAAACUUGGGAAACUAGCAUUCAAACAUCUGGAUGAGGGCACCCUGAUAUUCUAUGAGAAGGAUCUCAAGGAAUGUGAAAUUGAUGUAAAUACAGGAGCAUUGCAGGCUGGACUUUGUACACAGAUCUUCAAAAAAGAAAGUGCUAUAAGUGGAAAGAGCAUAUUCAGCUUUGUGCAUCUGAGUGUACAGGAAUUUCUGGCAGCUCUUUACUUGCUCCACACACAUGCAAUUGACAAAGCAAAUCUCUUUAUCAAGACCACUUGGGAGAAGACUAGAUGGAUGGUCAAGAACACAAGGUUCGACCUCUAUAAGAUGUCUUUGGAGAGGGCCUUACUAAGUAAAAAUGGACGAUUGGAUCUUUGUGUGCGCUUCCUUCUUGGACUGGCUCCAAUGUUGGAGCCUGAAGUCCGGUUCCCCCUGAAUGAUGUUCUGCCACAUUUGGGUGUCAGACAACUGAGCAUCAAGAAGACAGUUGAAUACAUCAAGAAAAAGAUCAGCAAAAACAUCCCACCAGAACGGAUGAUCAACCUUUUCCACUGUCUGAAUGAACUUGGAGAUGAUUCACUGGUUAAGGAGAUCAACAGAUACAUGAGCUCAGCAGGCGAGGAGAAGAAACUGACUCCAGCCCAGUGUUCAGCUCUGACUUAUCUGCUGCUGAUGUCCGCUGAAGAGCUGGAGGAGUUUGAUCUGAAGAAAUACCUGAGAUCAGAGGAAGGGCUCCACAGAAUGCUCCCUGUAGUCAAUGUCUCCAGGAGGGUUUGGCUAAAUCAGUGUCACCUCUCGAAAGCAAGCUGUGAAAUGAUGGCAUCAGUGCUGCAGAGGACACCUUCCCAUCUGAUAGAACUGGACAUGAGUGACAAUGACCUGCAGGAUGAAGGAGUGGAGCUGCUCUGUGUGGGACUAAGAGAAUCGCAAUGCAAGCUGGAGACACUGAGACUGUCUGGUUGUCAGAUCUCCCAGAAGAGCUGUUCUUUCUUGUCCUCUGCCCUCAAAUCAAACCCCUCUUUCCUCAAACAACUGGAUCUGAGCUACAAUCACCCAGGAGACUCAGGUGUCAGAGAGCUCACAGAGAGACUGGAUGAUCCCAAUUGUAAACUAGAGACUUUCAGAUUUGUUGGCUGUAAACUCAGAGAUAAAUCGUGUGAGAUUGUGGCUUCAGUUCUACAGUCAUCAAACACCCUGAUGGAGCUGGACCUGAGUCACAAUAACCUGGGAAAUUCUGGAGUUCAGCUCCUCUCUAAGGGACUGUCUAGUCCCCACUGUAAACUGCAGACAUUAAGGCUCAGUAAGUGUGAAAUCUCAGAUGAAGGUUAUGUUUGUCUGGCUUUCACUCUGAUGUCAAACCCUGCCUGUGUGAAAGACCUGGAUGUUAGCAACAAUCGUCCUGGAGAUUCAGCACAGAAGCUGUUAUCUGCUACACUGGAAGAUCCUCACCGCAAAGUUGAAGCAAUUCAGCUAAAUCAGUGUCACCUCUCUAAAGUAAGCUGUGAAAUGAUGGCAUCAGUGCUGCAGAGGACACCUUCCCAUGUUAGAGAGCUGGACAUGAGUGACAAUGACCUGCAGGAUGAAGGAGUGGAGCUGCUCUGUGUGGGACUAAGAGAUCCACAAUGCAAGCUGGAGAGACUGAGAUUUGUUGGCUGUAAACUCAGAGAUAAAUCGUGUGAGAUUGUGGCUUCGGUUCUACAGUCAUCAAACACCCUGAUGGAGCUGGACCUGAGUCACAAUAACCUGGGAAAUUCUGGAGUUCAGCUCCUCUCUAAGGGACUGUCUAGUCCCCACUGUAAACUGCAGACAUUAAGGCUCAGUAAGUGUGAAAUCUCAGAUGAAGGUUAUGUUUGUCUGGCUUUCACUCUGAUGUCAAACCCUGCCUGUGUGAAAGACCUGGAUGUUAGCAACAAUCGUCCUGGAGAAUCAACACAGAAGCUGUUAUCUGCUACACUGGAAGAUCCUCACCGCAAAGUUGAAGCAAUUCAGCUAAAUCAGUGUCACCUCUCUAAAGUAAGCUGUGAAAUGAUGGCAUCAGUGCUGCAGAGGACACCUUCCCAUGUUAGAGAGCUGGACAUGAGUGACAAUGACCUGCAGGAUGAAGGAGUGGAGCUGCUCUGUGUGGGACUAAGAGAUCCACAAUGCGAGCUGGAGAGACUGAGAUUUGUUGGCUGUAAACUCAGAGAUAAAUCGUGUGAGAUUGUGGCUUCGGUUCUACAGUCAUCAAACACCCUGAUGGAGCUGGACCUGAGUCACAAUAACCUGGGAAAUUCUGGAGUUCAGCUCCUCUCUAAGGGACUGUCUAGUCCCCACUGUAAACUGCAGACAUUAAGGCUCAGUAAGUGUGAAAUCUCAGAUGAAGGUUAUGUUUGUCUGGCUUUCACUCUGAUGUCAAACCCUGCCUGUGUGAAAGACCUGGAUGUUAGCAACAAUCGUCCUGGAGAAUCAACACAGAAGCUGUUAUCUGCUACACUGGAAGAUCCUCACCGCAAAGUUGAAGCAAUUCAGCUAAAUCAGUGUCGCCUCUCUAAAGCAAACUGUGAAAUGAUGGCAUCAGUGCUGCAGAGGACACCUUCCCAUGUUAGAGAGCUGGACAUGAGUGACAAUGACCUGCAGGAUGAAGGAGUGAAGCUGCUCUCUGUGGGACUAAGAGAUCCAAAAUGCAAGCUGGAGACACUGAGAUUUGUUGGCUGUAAACUCAGAGAUAAAUCGUGUGAGAUUGUGGCUUCGGUUCUACAGUCAUCAAACACCCUGAUGGAGCUGGGCCUGAGUCACAAUAACCUGGGAAAUUCUGGAGUUCAGCUCCUCUCUAAGGGACUGUCUAGUCCCCACUGUAAACUGCAGACAUUAAGGCUCAGUAAGUGUGAAAUCUCAGAUGAAGGUUAUGUUUGUCUGGCUUUCACUCUGAUGUCAAACCCUGCCUGUGUGAAAGACCUGGAUGUUAGCAACAAUCGUCCUGGAGAAUCAACACAGAAGCUGUUAUCUGCUACACUGGAAGAUCCUCACCGCAAAGUUGAAGCAAUUCAGCUAAAUCAGUGCCGUCUCUCUAAAGUAAGCUGUGAAAUGAUGGCAUCAGUGCUGCAGAGGACACCUUCCCAUGUUAGAGAGCUGGACAUGAGUGACAAUGACCUGCAGGAUGAAGGAGUGGAGCUGCUCUGUGCAGGACUAAGAGAUCCACAGUGCAAGCUGGAGACACUGAGAUUUGUUGGCUGUAAACUCAGAGAUACAUCGUGUGAGAUUGUGGCUUCAGUUCUGCAGUCAUCAAACUCCCUGAUGGAGCUGGACCUGAGUAACAAUAACCUGGGAGAUUCUGGAGGUCAGCUCAUCUCUAAGGGACUGUCUAGUCCCCACUGUAAACUGCAGACAUUAAGGCUAAAUCAGUGUCACCUCUCUAAAGUAAGCUGUGAAAUGAUGGCAUCAGUGCUGCAGAGGACACCUUCCCAUCUAAGAGAACUGGACAUGAGUGACAAUGACCUGCAGGAUGAAGGAGUGAAGCUGCUCUGUGUGGGACUAAGAGAUCCACAAUGCAAGCUGGAGACACUGAGAUUGUCUCUUUGUCAGAUCACCCAGAAGGGCUGUUCUCUCUUGUCCUCUGCCCUCAAAUCAAACCCCUCCUACCUGAAACAACUGGAUCUGAGCUACAAUCACCCAGGAGACGCAGGUGUCAGAGAGCUCACGGAGAGACUGAAUGAUCCCGACUGUAAACUAGAGGCUUUCAGGUACGACUAUGGAGGAGAGUUCAGGAUUAAACCAGGACCAAGAAAAUAUGCCUGUGAGCUCACACUGGACCCAAACACAGCAAGCAGAAAACUCUCUCUCUCUGAGGGGAACAGAAAGGUGACAUGUGGGAGUCAGCAGCAGCAGCCGUAUCCUGACCACCCAGAGAGAUUUGACUCCUUCCUUCAGGUGCUGUGUAGAGAGGGUCUGUCUGGACGCUGCUACUGGGAGGCUGAGUGGAGUGGUGGUGAGGUUCUUAUAGCAGUGGCCUAUAAGAGCACCCCGAGGACGGGGAGUGGGCUGAGCAGCCUGUUUGGAUGGAAUGCCAAGUCCUGGAGUCUGUACUGCCGUAGUAACAGUUACUCUGCCUGGCACAAUAAUAAGGAGACUGCCAUACCUGCCCCCUCCUCCCGCUCCAGCAGAGUAGGAGUGUACCUGGACUGGCCAGCAGGCACUCUGUCCUUCUACAGCGUCUCCUCUAACACACUCACCCACCUGCACACGUUCCACUCCACAUUCACUGAGCCCCUCUAUCCUGGGUUUUAUGUUGGUUAUACAUGCUCAGUGUCCCUGUGCCAGAUCACAUGA